GAAAGAGAAGAAUAAAAAUAAAAAUGGCGUGUCAAAAUAAUAUAGCGUCGUCUAAUCGUAUCGUAUUUUUGUGAAAUUAUUUGUGAUAACUUCUUAAUAAAACGUUAAAAAACUAUUCGAGUCAGUAGCCAUAUGCAAAAACUAAUUAAUUAUCGAAUCAAUGUGUGUUGCGAAUAGUGCUGAAGACAAAUAAACUGAAAAGACGGCAUAACCUCGAAAUUUUGUGACAUAAAUAUUGGUAAUAUGAAAGAAGGAAAAUUGCCGCCUAAAAUGAUGGGUGGUGUUGGCGGCAGUGCACCGACAACAACAAUGAUCCAGUGUUCACCAACAAUAUCAUCGACCUCGUCUAGGGGAACAUCUGCGACACAGUCCAGUCCGGUUUCCUCGUCGACGCCGAGCAAGCAGCCCAGUGAUGAAAUACUCAGCUCAUUGCUGAGGAUGAACAAUUUCGACUCGAUAUCGAGUAUUAAAGACGAGUCUUUGGAUAUCGACUUGUCGGCUUGUGUAACAAUAAGUGCCGAUCCGUCCGGCAUGAUUGGAGGCAAUAGUUUGUCGUCUUCGGAUUUUUGGAAAGCGUUGGACGAGAGUGCACAGACAUCGCAGUUGGAUGUGAGUGGCGGCGGCGGUGGAAGUGGAUCUGCGAGUGGAGGAAGUGGUGUUGGUUGUAGUAGAUCUCCACCGUCACCUUCUCCAUCGAGCAACAACAGCAUUUUAAACACGAGCGAGAAGGGCGACUUGGGUAUGGUGUUAAAGAAGGAACAAACAGAUUUCAGUGGAACUUUCCUGAAACCUUCAUGUGGUAUAACAUUUUCCCCAUUAAAGCGUUGUAGCAAAGCACCGAGCACGGAACAAUUACAUCUGAUGAAGGAUAAAUCACCAACCAGAAUAGGCAAACUGGAAGGACCAAACCAAAACAACAACACUGGUGGGCCACCCUCAUUAUCGCCCAUAAUCCGUAUAAAUCAAUUUCCAAAGCCAACGCUUGACUUGCCCAGAUUGAAUGGCGGAACAGUUACCAUUAAAAAGGAAUCAAUGACAAGCAGUGACCAGAUGGCACAGCCACCGCCUUUGGCAGCUUUAGAUUGUACCGUAAAUAAAAACGAAACAGCUCCAACUAAAGUUAUCUUGGAACCCAUGUACAAAUGUUUAGAUUGUGAUGUCGCCUUUCAGGGCAGUCAGGAAUUGGCAAAUCAUAACAGUCAUCGUAUGAUCUAUAAAUGCAUGGAGUGUGAUCGUGAAUUCGAUGCAGAACCAUCAUUGAAGAAGCACUUGAAAACCCAUCGACCAAUCGAUGCUCGUAAAGAUGCAUGGAAAAAGUGUCCCGACUGUGGAAAGUGCCUUAAACUGGGUAGCAUGUGGAUGCAUCGUAAAAUACACACAGAAAAUAAAAAGUACGGCUGUGAAAUAUGCGGACAGAAAUUUGUCCAGAAAAUCAAUUUAACACAUCAUCAGCGUAUCCAUACCUCAGAGAAACCAUACGAAUGUUCCGAGUGUCAGAAACGUUUUCAGGAACGUAGCCAUUUGCAACGCCAUCAGAAAUACCAUGCCCAGACACGAUCGUAUCGUUGUGAGAAAUGCGGUAAAAUGUACAAAACCGAACGAUGUCUCAAAGUCCAUAACUUGGUGCAUUUGGAGCAACGACCAUUCGCUUGUACGGUUUGCGACAAAUCGUUUAUAUCCAAUUCAAAAUUAAAGCAGCAUUCGAACAUACACACCGGCGAACGACCAUUCAAGUGCAACUAUUGUCCUCGAGAUUUCACAAAUUUCCCCAAUUGGCUGAAACAUACUCGUCGUCGUCACAAGGUCGACCACAAGACGGGCGAAAUGCUAGAGAACAUUCCUUCAUAUUGUUCCAAGAAAUCGACACGAACACCAAAGGAGAAGAAACCCAAUGGAACCGACACUAAAAAUACCACAACGACAACGCCAGCAAGUCAACAAAAUUCUGCCUCUACGACGAAUCUAAAUGGGAAUAAUGGCAUUGAUCUCAAUAAAAUGGACACGACGUGUGACUCCGGCACCAAUACUGCGACUACAUUAGUUGCAUCUGUUGUUCCUCUAGGCACUACGGCUGUUACGGUAGCAUCAAAGACAUCUGUCGCUACUACCGUUGCGAAUACUGUCGUUGUUAAUAACAUUGGACCACCGCCGUUGGCCAAAGUUCCGGCCAAACGUAAGAAAAAAGUACAACCUGUUGCAAUAAAUACAACAAUAAAAACCGAAAAGGACAUUGUUGCGACCACAGCCAACUUCAUUGUCACUGCAGCUCAGAAUUCACAUAUUGUGAAUAUGUCAACGUCGAACGGAAUAGGCCCACCACCCUUGGCUUUGGUCUUUAGCACAAAACCCAUGAUGGUUUCGGGUAAUAUGUCGCCCAGCACAAAUGCGACAGCCGCCUCUUCAUCUAUUAACAAUUCACCUCUAAUGCCCACUCAACAGCCGAAUAUUAAAGUUGAGAAAGUUAAAAGAGAGCGCAAACAGUCGAUGCCAAAGCAAGUGCAACAAGUCCCUCCACCAAUAAUAAUCAAGAAGGAAUUUAUAGAGCCAAAAGCUGAGCUGCACGCUGGACACAAUGAUCCACAUCGAACAACACAACAACAGCAUGAGCCGCCGCCGCAACAACAAGCCAAAACACCAUUCCCCGAUCUGCAUUGCCUGAGUAUAACAUCAGCUGAGGAAUUGAUUAUGGAACAGGCCUUGGAAAUGGAGGAAUGUGGUCUGUAUAAACCCACCUCAGCGGCAGCUACUACAGUUAUGCCCACUUUUGCCGAAACUGAUAAUGCAAUCUCUUCCGAAUCGGUGGCGAAUAUGCAUUUUAAGAUAAAAGAAGAGCAUCAUGAUAUGGAUUUAAAAACAGAGGACUAUGAUUCCAUUAAGAAAAGCAUAUCAUCCCUGGAAUCAUCACCUUUCUCUUCACCAGCUUCCAUGGAAUUUGCCACCUCACAAACAUCUGCAAAUGAUUUCAAUCCGACAAAUACAUUUUAUUUACCCCAAUUCACAAUUACAAACAAUCAAAUUAUCUCCAACAACUCGCCCACAAUUGCUGGUUCCAUGAAAGUCGAAGAUUCCAAUAAUGCAACAACGGCAGCAACGCGACAAGUACGACAGCUGGUGGCAACAAAUAUCAAUGGUGUGCCGGAACUCAUACAACUAACGAAUAGUAGUGGCGGCAAUUCUAGAUUUGUAAAAUCGAAUAUGGUCUCAAAUGUCAACAACAGCAGCUCUACGACAGGCAAUGACAACACCUCAUCCUUUAUCAAUCAACUGUAUUUACCGCUCACUGUAAAUGCCGGCCCAGUUCUGAUGAAAUCACAUCAAGCUUUACCUUCAGUUGAUACGCUUUUGUUCUCGCACUCGAAGCUGGCGCUGUUCAACAAUCGUAAUUUACCAAAACAAGCAACAACAGCUCAACACAAUUUGUCCUAAUCCAAAGUUGAAACAACUUU